AUGCUGGUCUCGACUGGUAGCAAUGGUUCACCUGAAGCAUCUGGAUUAAUUGCUGGAUUCAGUUCAAACAUUUACAAACGAGGUCAGGAAAACCCAUUUGAUAAAGAUCAUUCAGACACUGAUUCGGAUCAAGAGGCUGCAUCAGGAGAAAACAGUGAGCUCAUUCGCCAACUAAAGAUACAAGUUGAAGACGCCGGGAAAGCAGAAUCAAUCGCAGCUAAUACUUUGUUAAAGUAUACGAAUCUUGGAUUUAAACAAAAAAAGUUGAUAGCACAGGGCAAAACGAUAUCUGGAGAAAAGUAUAGCGAACAACGUGAGAAUCAAUUGGAUGAAGAGUGGAAAGCUCAAAGGGGAAAACUAGACAUUCUGAGACAGAAAUUACGAGAAGCCAGGCUAGGCACUUCUGGUCGAGACCGGAAACAUUCGAUUGAUGAAUCUGACUCAAGCACUUCUGGUCAAGACCGAAAACACUCGAUUGAUAAACCCGAUCCAAGUACUCCCAGUCGAGACCGAAAACACUCGAUUGAUGAACCCGGUCCAAGCACUUCUGGUCGAGACCGAAAACACUCGAUUGAUAAACCUGAUCCAAGUACUCCUAAUCGAGACCGAAAACACUCGAUUGAUGAACCUAGCCCAUGCACUAUCCAACAAAGCCGGAAACUCCCGUCUGAUAAAGAACAGCCAAGAGAAAACCGUGAGCUCAUUCAUCAAUUAGUGCAAAAACUUGAAGCUGCUGAUACCGCAUCCACAGCCGCAUGCGAGGCUUCCUAUGCGUAUAGGAUUAUUGAAUAUGAACAAGAAAGGUUAAUAUCGCAGGGAAAACCGAUAUCUGGAGAAAGGCAUAUCAGAAUACGUCAAUAUAAAUUGGAUAGUCAAUGGCAGGCUGCAAGGAGAAAGGUAGAACAUCUGGAACAAAAAUUACAACAAGCCAGAUCAGCCAUUCCAAAACAAACCCGGAAGCACUCGAUUGACAAACCCGAUCCGAGUACUUCCAAACAAGGCCGGAAACACUCGAUUGUUAGACACCAUUCAGAUACCGAUUCAGAUCAGGGAAUUGCACCAGCCAAAAAACAUAGACCCACUCAUCAACUAGAUAUAAAUCUUGAAAACGCUGAAAGAGCAAGAGCGGCCGCAUGCAAUUCCUACUAUGAAUAUAAAGCUACUCGACUCGAACAGAAAAAGUUGAAAUCAAAUGGUCAAAAGAUAUCUGGAAAAAAGUACAGUUCAAGGACUGAACAUGAAUUGAAAGAAAAGUGUAGAAAGGCAAGUAAAGCAAAACACUACAUGAUACGACAGCUAGAAGGAACAAAUGGAAACACUCCCAGUCGAAGCCGGAAACACUCAGUUGUUAGACACCAUUCAGAUACCGAUUCGGAUCAAGAGACUUUAUCAAGAAAAAAGUAUAGGAAGCUUGUUCGUAAACUAAAAAGAAAAAUCAAAGAGUAUAAAAGUAGACGAAAGGGUGCAUGCAAAAAAUAUCGUAAACAUCAAUUCUUUGUAUCCAAACAAUGGUCAAGAUUAGCAAAGGGUAAAAGUGUAUCGAAAUCAUUCUACAGUUUAAAGGGUGAAGAGAAAUGGAAAAGAAGGUGUGAAAGACAAGGGAGAAGAGUAGAAUAUCUGGAGCAAAAACUAAGAGAACUUAUGGGUGAGCCAGAUUCAGAUUCGAAUUGA